AAAUCUCAUGGAACAGAAAAAAAUCCAGCAAAAAUGAAGAACGCCUGUGAUUGUUUAGGAAUAUAAUUUUUCAACUCUGUACAUAUAGUUGUCCAUGUAUAGAGUUUCAAUCAAACUUUUCAGUACACAUUAUAGGUUUCAAAAACGCUUCAGAUAUAUAUGACAUUUCUUCUAUCUAUUUUCACAACGUGCUCAAAUCACCAAUAUUUCAAACUUUAGCUAAAUUAUGAUCGAACUCACGUGGUUUUUAGAACAAACUUCCAUUCAUCUCAAUUAACCGCUCUUAUAUUCAAAGUAUAGUCGACAAACGAAAGGAUUUCAAAUCGUUGGACGAAGGACAGUAAACGUAGCAUGACAAGUUUUGUCAUCUUCGUGCAGUACGAAAUCUGAAGUUGACCUCGGCUGUCCCUUACCCGACCACACUGACCGCUCAGACUUACUCUGCUCCCUUCCCUAAUUGACCUUGAACACCCCGCUAACUUGAACUAUCUUGUCAUUCCUGUCUUGCUUCUGUAUUUAUUUAUAUAUUCUUCAAAUUUUUGGUAAUUUGAGGCUGAUUCUACACAUUGGACUUUCACGAUUUGUGGACUUGUAUUAAUCUCGUACUACCACUCGCGAAACGAGCAUAUCUUCGCGAAAAAAUUUAUAGAAGGAGAAAACGUCGUUCGGUGAAGGAAUAUCAGGCCGUUAAGUGGAGUAUCUAAGUUUUGGGAAUCUGCAAUUUGGUUUUAUGAUAUUGAAAAGCCAUAAUAGCCGCUUGGUUAUCUGAAAUUUUGAACUCCGCAACCAUUGCAAAAGUAAAAACUUGUGCUCAGAAAUUAUCAUCGGGGCUAUGGAUUUCAUCGGCGGCUGUGUGUGAUUUAUUUUUUUCCGUACGUGAUUGGCCAUGUUCGUUUAUUUUGGCCGGUGUGAAUAACGUCUGAGACCUCACGGAGAAAUUAUCAAUAAAGUUGUUAUUUGAAAGUAACUUGGGCAACGCCAGCGUAAAAACUUGCCGAUCCCCGCACUUCAGCUCCUAUCGGUUGGGUCCUUCAGUAUAAGCACAAUGAAGAACCAUGGAUCCCUCUUAUGGCUUUUGGUCAUCGGGGCGGUCACAAUGGCUACAGCAACAACAAUUCGGGAAACCACGAUCCACGAGUCGAUGAGUCCUGAAGAGCUCCUGUCCAUCUUUCACGUAGAUUCACAUGAUCUAGUUCCUGCAUACGAAGUUAUCAAGUUACAUUCGCGCGUAAGAAGAGGCGCGAACGACACUGACCAUGUUAGAGUAGUCCACUUGAACGCCUUUGACAAGGAGAGGGUCUUGAACCUUCGACCGAACGAAGAUCUUGCGCGAAAUGUGCCAGUUUUCUUCGCCGAUCACGACCCUCGGGAAGGGAGAGUGGUCUUGAAACCAGCAGCUUCGGUGGAUUCCAUCGGUACACCAUACCAAGAUGAGGAGACCUUGGCGGCUGUUAUGCUGACGAAGGACCCAGAAACAGGGGAGGUGCUUGUGGACGGCACCGUUGGGGACGACCUUGUGGUUCGGCCAGUGCCCCGCUCGGUACUGGACGUAAUAGAAGCUAAGUCUCAGCAAGCAGCCGGUCAACAGUGGCGACGAGAAGAGGAGCAGGACCUAAAUGCCAUUAGACCACCCGACGAUGAAGCCUUUUUAGACGAAGCUAAAGAAAAUCUUCAAGCGGGAGACUUGGUAUUCAGUGAUGGUUUUCCUCUCGUCGCUGAUGAUGGCACAAAAUCGGGGCAGCCGACACACAUUAGGGUGCCCUACGAGAAAUCUACAGAACGGCCAGUAGAAGACAAAAAAUUGCCAGAAGGCUUAGAACUCGUCAGGAAGAAACGAGCGGCUGCAACCACUGGUGCCGUUCACAUUGUUUAUAAAAGGAAACACAAGGCGCUCUCGACUGAUUAUGCGGAGAUGGAUCCUGAUCACAUCCCAGCUAGAAGUCCAAACGCUCGCCAUCGUAACAAGCGAGCUGCUCCCGCUGUUAUCUACCCUGAAAUUUUAGUUUUAGUGGACUACGAUGGUUAUUUAUUACACGGUCAGGAUAACUCUAAAAUCAAAAGCUACUACGUCAGCUUUUGGAACGGCGCUGAUUUACGUUACAAACUCCUGAGAGAUCCUAAAGUGAAAAUAUCGAUCGCUGGUAUCAUAAUUUCACGGAGUCGGGAUGCAAUGCCUUACCUGGAACGCAACCGAGUCGACAGAGAUGCUAUCGACUCGGCAAGUGCGCUCACAGACAUGGGCAAAUAUCUGUUCCAAGAGCGCAGGCUGCCCACGUACGAUAUCGCCGUCGCUAUCACCAAGUUAGAUAUGUGCAGGCGAGCUUAUGAGGGUGGCAACUGCAAUCGAGGAACAGCAGGGUUUGCAUACGUCGGUGGAGCGUGCGUGGUGAAUAAGAGACUCAAGAAGGUCAACUCGGUGGCUAUCGUGGAAGAUACCGGUGGAUUUUCUGGGAUCAUUGUGGCUGCGCACGAAGUUGGUCACUUACUUGGUGCUGUGCACGAUGGAGCUCCUCCCCCAUCCUACCUAGGGGGCCCUGGAGCUAAGCACUGCCGUUGGGAGGACGGCUACAUCAUGAGUGACCUCCGUCACACCGAAAAGGGCUUCCGAUGGUCUCGUUGCUCCGUAGAACAGUUUCAUCAUUUUUUGAACGGAGACACAGCAACCUGUCUAUAUAAUCUUCCACAUGAAGACGAAUCUCUACCACGGAUUUUGCCUGGCAAACUUCUAUCCCUGGACCAGCAGUGUCGCAAGGAUAGAGGGACGUCAGCUUGCUUCAAGGAUGAGAGAGUUUGUGCUCAGCUGUUCUGCUUCGAUUCGUCGAGUGGCUAUUGCGUCUCGUAUCGUCCAGCCGCCGAAGGUUCAGAUUGCGGUGGAGGAAAAAUCUGCUUGAACGGCCGUUGCGUGUAUGACAACGAAAACACCAUAUCUGAUCACGACUUCCUCGGCUCAGAAACGCAGAAGCCUGUGAAGGCUCCUACUUCUAACCCUACUACUGAAACUACUGUUCCAACUUCUAGCACCCCUCCACCCACUGCACCAACCACUACCACCACCACUACUACUACUACCACCUCCACCACCACUACUACAACAACCACUACUCCUCAAACAACCACUACCCCAGUAACUGUUAAAUCAACCACACCCACAUCCACGACUAGUAGGACGACCAGAUUACCAGCGAGACCGAAGACAACCCAUCGCACCACGACGUCAACAAGCACUACCUCAAGGCGUACCUCAAUAUCUACUAGCACUACCCCUAAUCAUUUGAUCAAUAUCAGCAAUAAUAAUUUAGAUUAUACUGACGGUGAGUGUCACGACAGGAUUGCCAACAUAGCGGGCAGCCUGACCUGCAGAGAGUUUUUGAAAUCGUACGGCUCAAGGUACUGUGGCCACAGAUACAUCAGGAAGAAUUGCUGUAGCGCCAGGGAGUCACUCUGCAAAGACUUCCUCGACUUGUGAGCUGCCGCAUCUGCAGUCUUACGUGCUACAUAUACCAAAAUUUUAACAUCGGCCAAUUUCCCAAAAUUUGAAAUUCAAUUUUAGCUGUCAUGGAAAUAAAUGAGCAGUUUUAAUCGGUAGUUCUUGCGAGCGCAAGAAAAUUUUGGCUCUAACGAGCUCAUGUCUAGGAAGGAAUGUUUUAGGAAUGCGUUAACUUGUAUCGCUGCGUUCGUAAAAUGCGCCCUCCUGGCAAUUUUAUAACUUGUUUUUCAAAGUUACGUUUGUAUGCUUCGUCUUCGGAUCUGAAGUAUUCUUGUUUGAUGUUCGUGUUAAUUCGGUUAUUGAAAAUAUUUCUUAGAGUACUUGCAAUUUCAAUGGUUAAGGAAUUGGUAAAUUCGUGGAAGGCGGUUGACAAUCUUGAAGUCCAUGCAUGAUUUUCCUCAUACCUAAUACGUUGCCAAAUAUGCACGUUUCAUCGCCUUAGCCCCCACAACGAAAUUGUCGUUACGGAAAUGUUGACUGCGUAUAUGCUGGGUCACAAGAUCCCUGUGAUAAGAGGCAUCUGCAUUGGCUUAGCCUUUGCUAUCUCAGUUUGCUCGCAACUCCUUUGUAUGCUCCAGAGGAAUAAGUUAUUCAUAAACUAGAGUCUUGAUUUUUCUUGUGUGAAAACAAAUUUGUUCUUUCAAAGCUUCUCGCCUUGGACGCUUCUCAGUAUUACUUUAGGUAAACUUAUGGUGAAUUUGUUGAUUUUGUCCAGUUUUGACAGCGAAGUUGACAUGGUGGAUGGAGUCUCCGUUUGGUAGGUUUCGUUGAGAUUUUUGUAGGUCCUAUCUACAACUAGUGUAAAUAGUUUCGUGUAAGAGCCUAAAUUAGGAUCAUCAUUGAAGAAUUGGAAAUUUUCCCGAUCAUCCAUCAAAUGUCUAUCUUUUGAACGAAUUUCUAGGAUAAACAUAAAACGUGGAAGGCUUGAUAAUCGUGGUUUGGUUGUUCACUUAAUCCUGUAUUGGUAGUCCAGAAUCUGGAGUCAUUGGCAGGGCUCCUAGACAUUGGCUUGUACAAUACGGUUGUCACUGUAGAUAACGUAGAAUGCUCAUCAAUUGUAUAUUAAUAGAUUUUUGAAAAUAC